GGAGGAAAGCCCAUUGGGGAGGGGUUGGAAUUGGUAGUGGUCUGUCAGGAAUAACAGCCAAAAAACUGUGUAUGAAAGUAAAUCUUUGAACAGGGGAUUUUUUUUUUCCUAAAAGCCUUCUUCCUGCUAACUUACUCACCAGCUUCUCCUACAGAGUGCUUCUUCCUUGUCAGAGUGAAUAUUUUGUGCUUUUACUUUCUGUUCUGAAGAAGAUGGUGGGCUCUCCUGGCUAUUAUGCUGGCUUCCUCCUUCCUGUCCUCCUUCUCCAGGUGUCUACAUGGUACUCAACAGUGUCCGGGUUUUCUGUAAAUGGACCGGUUGAGCCAACCGUGGUUCUGCUAGGGACAGAUGCCACUCUGCCUUGCCAGCUGUCCCCUGAGCAGAGUGCAACCCACAUGGACAUCCGGUGGUACCGAGCCCAACUCUCCCCUGCUGUGCUUGUGUACCAGAAUGGACAGGAACAAAGUGGGGAGCAAAUGCUGGAGUACCGUGGCAGGACAGAGUUGGUGAAGGACUCCAUCAGCAAAGGGGGUGUGGCCCUGCUGAUCCAACAUGUCCGUGCUUCUGAUCAUGGUCAGUACCGGUGUCAUUUUAAGGAUGGUCACAGUUCCCAAGAAGCCGUUGUGGAGCUGCAUGUUAUAGGGUUGGGCUCUGUGCCUCAUGUUCACAUGAUGGGGCCUGAGGAUGGUGGGAUACGAGUACUGUGCUCUGCAGAAGGCUGGUUCCCAAAACCCAGGGUACAGUGGAGUGACAUGAUGGGUGUGAAGUUACAGUCUCUCACUGAGUCUCACACCCAAGAUGAAGAUGGGCUCUUCCAUGUGGAAGCAUCUCUUGUGGUCACAGACAGCUCUCUGGGCAAUGUGACCUGUUCCAUCCAGAAUCCCCUCUCUGGUCAGGAGAAAGUGUCAGCCAUCUUCCUCCCAGAGCCCUUCUUCCCCAGGAUGUCUCCAUGGAAGGCAGCCCUGGUUGGGACAGUCCCUAUGCUGGUGCUCCUCCUCACUGGGAUGAGCUACAUUGGCUGGAGAGAACACCAAGCCAAAGAAAGAGAAGUAAAGAAAAGGAAGAAAGAAUCUCAGGAAAGAGAUCAGAUGGAGAAUGAAAAGGAAUUGGCACUUAAGGCGAAAGAGAACCUCAAGAAAGAACUUGAACAGCGAAAGGCACUAUACCAUUUAGUUUGGAAGAAGGCCCUGCUGUAUCCUGACUGGAGGAAGGAACGGUUCCAGCCUGCCACUGUGACUGUAAAUCAGGAAAUCUUUCAUCAGAAUAAUUCUGACCCAGAGAGAAAAGAGAACUUCAAAGAGGAAACACACGAUCUAUCUCUCAGGGAUAAGCAAGGAGACUGCAACCUUAUCACACUGAAUCAGGAAGACUUCACCUCAGGAAAACAUUACUGGGAAGUGGAUGUUAAGGACGCUGAUGAGUGGACUCUAGGCAUUUAUGAGAAUCCCACAGACAGCAGGGAGUUAUCCAAAGAUCUACAAAACAAGAAAUUCAGAGUCUUAGAGAAGAAAGGAUGUGAAUACAGGGCUCUCACCUAUUGCCUCCAAAACAUUUCUCUGCAAGAGUGUCUCUUGAUAAAAAAGUGUCCACAAAAGAUUGUGAUUUUUUUGGAUUAUGAGGAUAAUGACAUUUCUUUCUAUGACAUGAUUGAGGGUACCCACAUCUUCUCCUUCACCCAGGCAAGUUUCUCUGGGUCACUCUAUCCUUACUUCAACCUUAAAUCCAUGAAGCUCUCCUUAUAGGUGUAAUAUUAAGUGACUUAAAGGAAGAACCCAUACUGUGAGGAUAAUAGCCCAUUCUCUGUAAACUCUAGAUUGCUAGGGUGUUUUUUUUUAAGUUUGUUUAUGUAUUUUGAGAGAGAGAGAGAGAGAGUGGGGGAGGGGGAUAGAGGGAGGGAGAGAGAGAGAGAAUUUCAAACAGGCUCCACACUGUCAAUGCAGAGCCCGAUGCAGGGCUUGACCUCACGAAGCAUGUGAGUGCCAGAAGACCAUGACCUUGAGCCAAAGUUAGAUGCUUAAUCAACUGAGCCACCCAGAUUACAGUUCUGAUGGGUGACCUCAGGCUCACUGAUUAUGAGGCCUCUUGGCCUGAAAGUCCAUGAGUCCCUGUGACCAGAGUUUCUGAAUAUAUCCAGCAGUGUUUCUGAAUUGCAGAGAAGAAUCUUUUUGUUGUAGUUGUUAUUGUUAUAAGUGCUGUUUAUUGCUUUAUAUUUAAUAUAUCACAGACUGAUAAUUUUCUAAAACAAAUUAUUGUAAAAAUGAAGUCAAUAAAAAACAAAUGCAUACAAUUA